UUGACAAUGGAUAUAUCAGUGGAGAUGAGGAAAGGACCAUGGAGUUCGGAUGAAGACUCUAAACUCAUCCAUUACAUCUCCCUACUUGGACAGGGACGCUGGGAUUCUCUCGCUCACUUUGCCGGGUUGAAGCGUACAGGUAAGAGCUGCAGGUUGAGAUGGUUGAAUUAUUUGCGACCUAGUUUACGACGAGGAAAACUUACUCCUCAAGAGCAGCUUCUUAUUUUACUGCUUCAUUUCCGCUUUGGAAAUCGAUGGGCAAAGAUUGCAGAGAACUUGCCAGGAAGAAGUGAUAACGAUGUUAAAAAUUACUGGAGAACUAAAGUACAAAAGCAUGCAAAAAAGCUGCAUUGCGACGUCAAUAGCCAGCAAUUUGGAGACUUCCUUCUAUAUCAAUGGCUGCCCUAUCUGGCUGAACAAAUACGUGCCCCAUCAUCAUCUCACGAACAUGAUGAUAAUAUUUGGGACACUGAAGUAAAUACUCCGAAUAUUGUUCAAACUAAGAUUAAUGGAUCCACAGGCAUGACAUGUCCAAAUGUUGUCUCAUCAACGGAUUCCUUCGAAGCAGAAGUCACAGUACCAUUGAUAGAUGAUAAUAUUUGGAACAUGUCUAGCUUUGAAGAUGGAAUUAUUUCUGAUUUUUCAAGCUCAGAUAUGCUGCUUUAUGAGGAUCAGUAUUAUCCGGAAAGUGCAACAUCAGAACUAUUUCCAGAUGAAACGAUAUGUUUGGAUGAUAUGGACCUUUGGCUCUUUCCUUAGAGGUGUGUAACAUGAUGCUAGGGGCGGAUCUAUAAGCGGCCUGGUUAUGAUUUCACGUGAACUCAGUAGCUUUUGUCUAAAUUAUGUAUAUAUAUUAAGAAUUUACUAAAUAUCUAUAAAUAUUUGACUCUGAACCCAGUUAUUAUUAUAAAUCGUUGUAGACUUCUAGUAACACAUAAAUUUU